UAGACACCCUUAGAGGGCAAGAAUUCAUCACCUCAAGUGUGCUCGCAACACUUCAUUUUUCUAUAAGGUAGAAUUCUUAAAACCUCGUAACAUUACCUCAAUAGAGUCGACAUGGUUUGUCUCAAGGAUCCAUUGGUUCAAAAAAUCUGCGAGUUUUACGAGAAAAUUUCGAGGUUAGACAGCCUCAAACCCUCCGAAGAUGUCAACAUGCUACUUACAGAUCUCGUUUUCACGUGCAUGCCACCGUAUCCAAUUGACUGCACAAAAUUGUGCAAGAAAAUUCAAGAAAUCAGGUCCAAACUCAUUAGACUCUGUGGAAAAGCAGAAGGGCUCCUUGAGGAACACUAUUCAACUAUCUUAGGAUCAUUUGACAAUCCUCUUGAGCAUCUCCAUAUUUUUCCCUACUUUUCGAAUUACCUUAAACUCAGCCUCCUCGAAUUCAACAUCCUUAGCCAACACAGCAAGGAUGUCCCGAGCUGUGUUGCAUUCGUGGGAUCAGGUCCCCUUCCCCUUACCUCGAUCGUCUUGGCCUCAAAUCACAUGACUUCCACCACUUUCCACAACUACGACAUCAACUCAUCUGCCAAUUCCAUGGCGUCCCACCUUGUGGAAUCUGAUCCCGCCUUAUCCAAACGAAUGAUAUUCCAUACUACGGAUAUCAUGAACGUUACAAGUGCUCUCAAGGACUAUGACGUCGUUUUCUUGGCGGCCCUUGUUGGUAUGAACAAGGAGGAAAAGGUUCGAAUACUCGAGCACUUAAACAAACACAUGGCACCGGAGGCGCUCCUGAUGCUUAGAAGCGCCCAUGGCGCGCGUGCUUUUCUAUAUCCGGUGGUUGAACCUUGUGAUCUACGAGGAUUCGAGGUUCUUUCAGUGUUUCAUCCGGCAGACGAGGUUAUCAAUUCUGUAAUCAUUGCUCGUAAGUCUCCAUUUUCUAUGCACUCAUCAAUUGAUCAGGGAUUUGGGCCAUUAAUGCAUUGCAGCAAAUGUGCGGAGAUUCGAGUUUUCAAUCCCCUAAGCCAGAUGAACAUGAUUGAGGAAUUGGCAGUGGAGGAGCAUCAUUGUUGAAGAAUCUUCUCUCUCACUAUAUUUAUAUCCCACAUAGAACUUUGAAUCCUUUCAUUGUUUUCCAUAUGUUGUUACAUGCUAAUACAUCAGCAAAAUGUAUCCAUUUUGUGUUAAUUUCAAGAAAUAAGAUGACUCUUGGCGAUUGUUUCAGAAUCC